CGAGAAAAUAAUGAACUUGCGCACCGUGAACCCAGAUCUGAAAAUUCUGCUGGCCAUAGGUGGAUGGACUCAUGGAACCGCACCUUUCACUGCAGUGGUAGAUGAUCCUAACGACAUGGCCGCAUUUGCUGCCAACGCAUUGACUUACCUGAAAACCUACCAGUUUGACGGCUUGGAUUUAGACUGGGAAUAUCCUGGUGGCAAUGGUAGUCCCCCAGAGGACAAACAGCGUUUCACUUCCUUUGUUCAGAAACUUCGCCAAGUCUUUGACGAUGACGGAGUGGUCAACAACCGCGCUCCUCUGUUGCUGACAGCAGCUGUUGCCGCUGGCAAAAGUACCAUCGACAAUGCCUAUGAAAUUGACCUCAUAUCUCGAGAUUUGGAUUUCAUCAAUUUGAUGAGCUACGAUCUUCAUGGAAGCUGGGAAGCCACCACUGGACAUCACAGCGCACUGUUUGGUCGUGCUGGUGAAGUUGGAACGGCUGCUUAUAUGAAUGUGGAUUACGCUGUCAACUACUGGAUCAAUCUUGGUGCACCUCCAGAGAAGCUAGUAUUAGGAAUCGGCUUGUAUGGCAGAUCUUUCACACUGGCUAGUUUCAGUAAUACGGGAGUAGGAGCGUCCGCUGUCGGGGCGGGUUCGCCCGGUACUUAUACCGGAGAAGCAGGGUUGUUGGCUUACUACGAGGUGUGUUACAAUUUGAAAUACAAUGGUUGGACACGACAGUGGCACAGUGAACACAAGGCUCCCUACGCGUAUCACGGGACCCAGUGGAUUGGAUAUGAUGAUGGCGAGAGUAUCAACAUAAAGAUUGAUUAUAUAAAGACUAAAGGACUAGGAGGCGGCAUGGUCUGGUCUCUUGACCAAGACGAUUUCAGCAACAGUUGUGGCGAUGGACCGUAUCCUCUCAUGAACCUACUGCGAAGUGGAUUGGCCAGAUUGUUAGGGACAUCAACGUUGAUGACUUCGACAUUCAGUUCAUCAACAUCGCUAUUUUCCACUUUAUUUCCUAGUACGACACAAGAACAAGCGAAAUCACCCCUAGCAACGAUUGAUAACUUAAGUAGUAGUAAAUCUGUUGUUACAAGAACAACACAAAACCUGAAAGCAUCAACGAACAAUUUGAAUACACCUAGCCCAACUUCCUGUGAAGCUCCUCAGCCUUGUGUAGACGGUCAGCUUUAUGGAGACAGAUGUGACAUCCAUAAGUAUUACCAAUGUGCAUCUGGUAUUGCAUGGCAAUUUCAGUGUGCAGCAGGAACAGUCUGGGAUGAACGGAUCAAAAAUUGUAACUGGGAUUAUCUUGUUCUUACAUCAUCCGCCCCAUGUGGAUGUGGGCCUCCAGCAAGUUGUGUGAAUGGAAGGUUCUAUGAAGAUAAAUGUGAUAUGAAGCUAUAUUACCAAUGUGCGCAUGGUAUUCCUUAUCCAUUUGAAUGUCAUCCUGGAACUCUUUGGGAUGUCACAAUCACUAGCUGUAACUGGGACUACGCAGUCCCCAGCAGAUCACCCCCUUUGGGUUCAGACUGCAGCAGUUACGGCACAACUUCAACGCCGGUUCAGCAGACAACUGUAGGGUAUACAAAGACCUCCACACAUGUGCCUAAUACAACUAAUCAAGAAGGAGGACUCGCAACCACUAAGUCAAAUCACAUGGAUUCUUCGUCUGUGGAAGUGCUCACUUCGUCUACGACAGUGGCACCAUCUUCUAAUCAAACAGCAUCAAAGAUACAAUCUACCCAAACAUCAAUUGUCUCACAGUCAUACCCAACUCCAACCGAUGCGCCAACAAACUAUCGUCCUACAGAUUAUUCAACGGCAUUCACCGAUAGGGGAGCGACGUUCAGCAAUACGUAUCCUGAAGUUAAGUCUACUUCAUUCACAAUGACCACUGAAGGUGACGCAUCAUCACAGACCCUAAAACAGAUCACAACGUCAUCAACUGCCAUUACUACAAAUUACAUAUCGCCUUUAUCCCAGCAACAAACCACAGCAACGUUGCCCCAUACUGGCACUACAAUUCGUGCAGUAUCUCAAACCCAGCAACAACCGACAACUACGUUGCCCAUUGCUGUCACUACGAAUGGUGCAUUAUCUCAAGCCCAGCAACAAACAACAACAGAAACCCAGUCAACGACUGCUUGUGGCCCCCCAGACACUUGUCCAUUCCCUGCCUGGGAUUCCGGAAGCAUAAGUUUGACGUCACACAUUCUGCUAAUUCCAACAGCAGUUCUACUAGUAUUUGCUUCGUUUAAUCGCUUGUUUUGAUUCUGAAUUUAGUAUGAAUCUAAUUAACAUAAUUACAGUUGUAUAGAAGAAGAAAGUAAAUAUUGCUAUAUUUAAA